AUGAGGAAGGAAGGUGGCAGCGAUUGGCGCGCCUCAGCCGCUUCAGUCUGCGGUGCGACGAUGUGGUGGAGGGCUGUGUUGUGGCAGGCCACGCUGCUCCUAGCCUCGGCCACCCUCGACGUCAGGUACUACAGCCAGAAGCGACUCUACACGCCGGUGUCACAGGUGGAGUGCUUCGAUUACCCGGAAUGGAGACCGAGUCGCUACACGAGGGCUUCGCCUGGAGGUUGGAUUCACCAAAACAGACCCUCUGGCAUCCCCGGCACGGGCAUCUAUUCGCCGCCGGCGCAUGUUCGGAGCAAUUUUCUGUCGCGGCGCUUCGACGUCUACCCGUCGAAGGUAGAAGACGUCGUCAAGGAACACGCUAAGCUCGUCCAGGACAUAAACGGCCUCAAGCAGGCACUGUACGUAGCGCCCCUGGUGGACAGGAGCAAGGACUACGACGACUCUAUAUACCUGGAGGCGAUAGAGACCACCACCACAGCUCCGUGGUCGACCACGACCGCCAGCGUGCGGUCAAAGAAGCCGGGCUCUUCUAUCCCGGUAAUACUGGUGGGCGAGCCGAGUCAGCAUACUGUGAUUAAAAGCCAGCCACUCAAAUUUACGAGGCCUGCUGUGAGCCUGGUGGGCGCUUCUGUCACUCCGUUGGUUAGGCAGCCUUACCCGUUCGUGGUGCACCCUAGCGCUGCUCCGCCGGUGCGCAUCUGCAUGCCGUCUGCCGUCUACACUAAGAACCAGCCGAGCCUGCUGCAGAGAAUACUCAAAGGGUUCGUAUCUCGG